AUGGACGGACGGCCUCGCCGGCUCUCCCCGACCCGGGGAGGAUGCCCGGCCCAGCCGGCCUGGCCCAGGCCUCUGCGGUCCUGCCCGCCACCCACCUGCGCGACCCGAGAGCGCGGAGCUCCGGCUCCUUUUACCGGGCUGGCCCUUUCCGCAGCGCGGCCGCGCCGCCUCCACCCCCUGCUCGUGACGCUCGCACUGCGCGACGGCGGCCGCGCCCUCCUCUCUUCCCGUACCCUCCCCUCGCACUUCCCGCGCCCUCCUCUCUUCCCGUGCCCUCCCCUCGCACUUCCCGCGCCCUCCUCGCUUCCCGUACCCUCCCCUCGCACUUCCCGCGCCCUCCUCUCUUCCCGUGCCCUCCCCUCGCACUUCCCGCGCCCUCCUUUCUUCCCCUGCCCUCCCCUGGUCCUGCCCACGCCUGGAAGCGUCGGGGCUGUGGGUGUGGGGCCGCCGGACGGCCGUGCGGAGUGUAGCGUUCAGCGGUACGGCCGCGCUUUGCCUGUGUUGGAUCCUGCCGGAGGCAUCAGCCAGGGGACAGGAGCAAGUGCCAGGGUUUCAGCCUUGGUCCUCACAAUGGGGACUCCAGGCAGCUUCGAGGACUGAGGAUGUAAGUCAUUCUGAAAAGAUCCAGUAUGAGGCAGACAGGCCUACCUGCUGUGUUCCUCUUUACACAGCUUAUCCUGGCAAGAAGAAUUAAUUAUUCGACAGUGGUCCUUGUUUGUGGAUCAAGAAAGGAAGAUAGAGAAGGAGGAAGCAGCAGGGCAAGGAGGAAGAGUGAUCAGCAAGGAAACUCAGGUGAAGAAAAGCUGGGACUCAUUAAUUAUACAUUUCUGUACAAAUGUGGUGAAUGUUGAUCAUAGCAGUAACUUCAAGCAUCUCUAUAAAAACUUGAGUUGUAGAAACAGGAAGAAGUGUAACCCUUUAAAGAAUGGUGUCUAAUUUCCGAUGUGUCAGAAUACUUUUGCUUGAACCUCCUCCUUUUUGUUCAGCAUAAGCAAAUAAAAAAAGUAAAAUAAA